AUGCGAUCCAAACCCUCCGAUUACCCGGCUCUUCCUUUCCAUGGAAUCCGUAUCCUCAGCUUUCUAUCAUCACUGAUAGUCGGCAUUGUUCUGGCCGUGUUUAUCAUUCAUCUCCACGCUGAUGGAUACAAAUUACCCUUUGCCUUUCUGAUUCUCCUCAUCGUCUCUCUCUUCUCCCUUCUAAACAUCAUCUUCACAUCCUUCAUAAACUGCGCCUGCAGCCUCAACACCAAACUCUCCAUAGUCCUCAACAUCAUCAUCCUCCUCCUAUGGGCCCUCGGCCUAGCUCUUAUAAGCUACAAUAUGUCCCACACCAUCCUCACCUCCUGCACGGCCGAAUACUGGGGAAACUCGACCGGCGAAAACGUCUGCAGGAUGUACAAGGCCCUCUUCUCAUUCACCAUCCUUGCAACGGCCUCAUACAUCGCAAUGCUGGCUCUCGACGGCAUCGUCCGUCGGCGUCAGAACAGACUGGGCGCGUAUGGACUUGCGGGAGAGGAUCACAUGGAGCUGAAGUUGGCCGGUGAGCGGGAUGCGUUGGCGGGGAAUGGUUCUUAUGAGGCUGUCCCGGCUGUUAUGUCGGGCGGGUAUUCUCAUACCAACACUGCCUAUACGCAUGAUACUGAGCAUAGUCAUGCUGGUGAGGCGGCGGAGUACUAUGACGCUGCACAGGGCAUGAGUAGGCGGGGGCAGACAGGCUAUGAUCCUAUUAUGCACCGGUGA